CGUGCAUCAACCGAUUCAACGAUUUCAGCGCGCUGGUCCAUAUGCACGGACAUGAGUUUGUGUGCAUGUCAGAUGCAUAUCCUGACGUUGAGUUGCUUUUAAACGAUGGUUGUCAGACUGCCACUUCCAAUACAUUCAUUCCCCAUUCGAGACUCAUAUCAUGACGUCUUUUGUUGAACAGCCCCUAGAACACGGAAAACCAGCAGUAUUUGCUCCCUGGAGUGUCGAGGAUGUGCUCAGUCAAAUGACAAUUGAUGAAAAGGUCUCACUUUUGUCGGGCAAAGAUUUUUGGCACACACGCGACAUACCUAGGCUGUCUGUCCCUUCUAUACGUCUAUCAGAUGGACCCAAUGGUAUCCGAGGUACCAAGUUCUUCGGCAGUGUACCUUCUGCAUGCCUUCCAUGCGGUACCGCUAUAGGAGCUACCUUCGAUCCGAGUCUAGUCAUUGAGAUUGGCCACUUGCUAGGUGAUGAAGCUCGAGCAAAAGGUGCACACGUCGUUCUUGGACCAACUGUGAACAUCCAGCGUGGACCGUUAGGCGGCAGAGGAUUCGAGUCUUAUUCCGAAGAUCCCUUCCUGUCCGGAGUUCUGGCUGGAAGCUAUAUCAAUGGUCUUAAAGACAGAAACAUUGGUGCCGCCAUCAAGCAUCUUGUCUGCAAUGACCAGGAGCAUGAAAGGAUGGCAGUCAGUGCUAUCGUGACGCAACGUGCGCUGAGAGAGAUAUAUCUCUUGCCCUUCAUGAUCGCAUUGAGGCUUGCAAAGCCUGCGGCAAUCAUGACUGCUUACAACAAAGUCAACGGUCUCCACAUUGCAGAAGAUCGAAGCAUCUUAGAAGACAUCGUGAGGAAAGAGUGGAAGUGGGAUGGCCUUUUCGUCAGUGAUUGGUUUGGAACAUACAGCACAAGCGAAGCAAUCAACGCAGGCCUCGAUCUUGAGAUGCCAGGCCCAUCUCGAUGGCGAGGUUCAGCAUUGGUCCAUGCGAUCUCCGCAAACAAAGUUUCUCCCUCUGAGCUAGACAACCGAGUUCGUGCAGUCCUCAAACUUGUCAAAGAUUCGUCGAAGGCGGACAUACCUGAAGAUGCACCGGAGGGACAACUCAACCGCCCAGAAGAUCGGCGUCUUCUCCGCAGAGUCGCUGCCGAAUCAGUCGUGCUACUCAAGAACCAAAACGUCCUCCCAUUCAGCCGCGAGCGCAAGAUCGCCGUUAUUGGGCCUAACGCGAAGCUUGCAACAUAUUGCGGUGGAGGAAGUGCAUCGCUCAAUGCAUACUCUACAACUACACCGUUGGAAGGUAUUGAGGCGCUCGCUAGAGGUGAAGUAAGUUUCUCCCAAGGAGCGUAUGGAUUUCAAAUGCUGCCCCAAUUGGGGAAAGAACUCACAUUCAAUGGGAAACCUGGCUUCCAAUUGCGUUUCUUCAAUGACCCACCAACCCACACAGGAAGAACUCCCCUCGAGGAACGAAUGCUGGACGAUUCUAAUAUCUUCUUCUUGGACUACGAUCAUCCAGAUCUCAAGGAGGUAUGGUACGCUGAGGCAGAGGGCUACUACUCGCCGUCUGAGUCUGGUACCUAUGACUUCGGUCUCUGCGUGCAGGGUACUGGAAGAUUAUACAUUGACGGCGAUCUCUUGAUAAACAAUGUCGAGAAUCAGAGGCCCGGGCCUAGUUUCCUGGGAUCAGGUACUCUUGAAGAGACUGAUGCUAGGGAACUUGUUGCCGGUACGUCUUACCGUAUCACCGUACAAUGGGGUUGUGCCAAAACCAGUACAAGGAAAACCCCUGGCACUGUUGACUUCGGCCACGGCGGACUACGAUUUGGUGGUUGUCUACGACUGGAUCCGAAAAAUGCGAUUGCUGCUGCAGUUCAACUAGCUAGCGAGGUUGACCAGGUUGUUAUAUGUGUCGGCCUUGGACCUGAGUGGGAGUCUGAGGGUGACGACCGCAAAUCAAUGGAUCUACCACCGCACACUGACGAGCUUGUCGAACAAGUUCUUGAGGCAAACCCCAACACUGCUGUUGUCGUUCAAUCCGGCACACCUGUCACGAUGCCGUGGGCUGACAAGUCGAAAGCCAUCCUGCACGCCUGGUAUGGUGGUAAUGAAGGAGGUAAUGGGAUUGCUGAUGUGCUCUUUGGUCUAGUAAAUCCCUCGGCGAAACUUCCGCUCACAUUUCCUCGACGGUUGAAAGACAAUCCUACGUAUCUUAACUACCGCUCGGAAGGAGGCCGCGUAUUGUACGGCGAGGAUGUUUACGUGGGAUACCGCUAUCAUGAGCAGACUGAGAUUGCGCCUCUUUUCCCUUUCGGCCAUGGUCUUUCGUACACAACCUUCUCGCUGUCGGAUCUCAGGCUCGAUAUGAAAAGCAGCAACACUCAGCUUACAGUGCGAUGCACCGUUACCAACACAGGCUCAAGAGCAGGGGCAGAGGUCGUUCAGGUUUAUAUCGAGCCCGUAUCGCCGCCGAUACGCCGACCAGUGAAAGAGCUCAAGGGCUUUGCCAAACAAUUCGUCGAAGCUGGCGAGAGCGUCGAGGUUGAGGUCUCAAUUGACACCAUUCGGGACACGAGUUUCUGGGAGGAGAAAAGCGGGAGAUGGUGUAGUCAAGCUGGGACGUACAAUAUAUUGGUGGGUACAAGUAGCGCAGGGGCUCAUCUUUCGGGUUCGAUUGUUGCCCCGAACACAACGUUCUGGCUGUCUUAGCGCGCUCUCGUAGACUGACCGUGCGAAGCGGAGUGCAGAGAUAAUGUUGCUAUUUUCUCUUAGUAACACAAGCGACAUCGGAGAAGCAAAACCUACUAAGAUUUUGCAAGGUCACAUACAACCCGCUGCAUGAGGUUCAGGAAGGUGGUAGAUAAGCCAAAAUAAGGUGCGGAGCUGUGGAUCCUCUCAUUGGCAGGACCUUCGGCCUCCUCCGUCGAGGGGCAGCGGGGUAGCUUGGGGGAUAAGCACUCCCAAUGCAAUGCAAUUCUUCCACAUCUUUC